AUCAAAUGUUUAUUUCCUGUCCUUCCGCAUGGCAGUAGGCACUAAUGGGUUAACUCCCUCGCACAGCGGAAGUACAGGAACCAAUAAACCUAAUUCCCAACCCCCUUACCCCAUCUCUUUUUUUCCUGUCCUUGCAUCAGGAAGGAUUCCCCUGUGCCGGUGUGGUUCCUCUCUGCCUCACCGAAGCGACCGGUUCACAUAUAGCCGGUGGAGCCUGGUAGCUGGGCUUUUAGAACGCGGUAAGACGCGGGGUGUGCAGUAAGGCGUUCUGAGUGCAGUAAGUCGGAUCCCGCGGUAAGACACUGUGUAGACUCUUGAUGAUGUCAUCUCUAGGCGCCCUUGGCUCUUAAAGCGCCCAUUACCUGUUGUACAGCAGGAGCAGGUUUUGUUUGCAGUACAUGCAGCAGGAGCCGUUUGCUGGUUGGGAGAGCCUGAAUGUAAGCAGUGUUGCAGGCCUACCGGUUGGGGACCUAGGUGAACUGUACAGCUACUUAUAUUUACUCCUCUUUUUUCAGAGCAUGAGUUCUAGGAGCCGGAGAUCCCGGUCAUCCUCUAGGGGGUCACCUAGAAGGAGGAGUCAUCAUUCAAGGAAGGCGGUGGAAAAAGAGUGUUCAAUAUGUGAUAAUCCAGCGAUGCAUAACAAAAAAGUAUGCCUAAUGUGCUGGGAAUCUAUGUCUGGCAAAAGAGCAGAUGAUCAAUGGAGUGCUAUGAGAGACUGGUUUAAGGAGUCUAUGUCUAAAUCACUGGAGGACCUAGUAGGAACUGUGACAGCUAAUGUGAUACAGAAAGUGGGUCCCAGUGCCCCAGUAAUGGGGAAAGAGAGCCGUGAUCCUAAGGUGCCUGCGGAGUGUGAAGCACGUCAGCAGGGGGCAGCAAGGUGUAGCCUUUCGGCUACUUCAGAGGAGGAAGAGGAGCUAAUUGUAUUGGAUGAAGAUUCCUCGUUUGAUUUGGAUCUAAUAGAACCUCUAGUAAAAGCUGUCCGGAAAGUAUUGGAACUAGAGGACACUGAACAAGAGAAAAAGCAGGACAGAAUGUUUAAAUCAUCAGGAAAGAAAGAUCUGGUAUUUCCAGUCCACGAUGUACUGAAAGAUAUUAUUAAGGAAGAGUGGGCAGUACCAGAUAAAAAGUACUCAGAACCUAGACACAUGAAGAAGAUGUACCCGUAUGCGGAGGGGGAUGUGAGUCGGUGGACCAACCCCCCCAAAGUGGAUGCUGCCAUCACAAGGGUGGCUCGUAAGACCACAUUGCCAGUGGAUGAGGGGGUUUCCUUGAAGGAUCCUGUAGAAAGGAGACAGGAUACAGUGCUGAGGAAGGCCUAUUCAGUUUCGGGGCUACUCUGCAAGCCAGCGGUAGCAGUCACGUGUGUGGCAAAGGCAUCCAAAAUCUGGCUGCAAGAGAUAGAAACUGAGCUGCAGCUUGCUGGAGACAAAGACAAGGUGGGUCACCUAGUGGGUGAUAUAAAGGUGGCUAUUGAUUUCAUCACGGACGCAUCAUUGGAGGUGCUGAAAUUGGCAGCCAGAAAUAUGGGGUAUGCAGUGGCAGCUAGGAGGAUGCUGUGGCUAAAACAUUGGCAAGCAGAUACCCCUUCCAAGUUCAAUCUGUGUGCGCUCCCUUUCGAGGGGGAGUUGCUGUUUGGGCCAAAACUUGACAGUAUUAUUUCUAAGGCUUCGGCGGGCAAGAGCUCCUUUUUGCCGCAAGAAAGGCGUGUGAGACGUCAGCCAGUCCGUGCAGGCUGGGCGGACAGAAUGCCGUUUAAGGAUGCCAAGACCUAUAGGCCUGGAAAGCAAUUUGAUAGGCAGCCCUUUUGGAGAAAUCGCGGGCAAAAUCAGCUCAAAAAAGAGUUCAAGCAGGGAAAGCCUAAAUCGUUCUGACGGUGUUCAGGCCCAGCUGCCGCCAGUAGGGGGAAGACUACUUCAAUUCCAGGCAGUCUGGGGGAAAACUACGAUGGACAGUUGGGUCCGGGAAGUGGUAUCCUUAGGUUACCACUUGGAGUUUUC